UUUGUAUGCUUUGGAGAUCAGCCCUCUCUGAGAUAUUUUUACCUCCUUUGUCAAAACUUAGCAGUUCAUAGAGAAAACAAGAUUUUGGUGAAGCAGUCACCCAUGCUUGUGGUGGAUAACAAUGACGUCACCCUCAGCUGCAGGUAUUCUCACAACCUCCUCUCAAAGGAGUUCCGGGCAUCCCUGUACAAGGGAGUGAACAGUGAUGUGGAAGUCUGUGUUGUGAAUGUGAAUUUCUCCUAUCAGCUUCAGUUUCACUCAAACGUGGGCUUCAACUGUGAUGGGAAUCUGGACAAUGAAACAGUGACAUUCUACCUCCGGAAUCUGCAUGUUAACCAAACAGAUAUUUACUUCUGCAGAAUUGAGGUCAUGUAUCCUCCUCCUUACCUAGACAAUGAGAAGAGCAAUGGAACUAUUAUUCACGUGAAAGAGAAACAUCUUUGUCCUGAUCAGGAAACUCCUAAGCUGUUGUGGGUACUGAUCGGAGGUGCUGGAGUCCUGUUUCUUUAUGGCUUGGUAGUGACAGUGGCUCUUUGUAUUAUCUGGAAAAAUAGCAAAAGGAACAGACUCCUUCAGAGUGACUACAUGAACAUGACACCGAGGAGACUUGGGCCCACGCGCAAGCAUUACCAGCCCUACGCUCCUGCAAGAGACUUUGCAGCCUACAGCCCCUGACAGGGACCCCUAUCCAGAAGCCAGCCGGCUGGUGACCCUCUACCUGCUCAACACCACUGCUCUGGAUAGGAAAGGACAAUCUCAUUUUCAGCCGGCCACUUGGGACCUCUACUGGGCCACCUUUGUUAAUUGUUUCAGAGCAUCUUGAUCUGACAUCACGAUCAUCUUGAGACUCUGGAAUGAAUUUAAAGAAACUUCCAUGGCAGGUUAAAUUCUGCAUGCCUUGACCCAUACUCAUGCUUAGUAUAUUUAUUGACUUGACUGAGAAAUUGGAACAGAGAAAACAAAAAGUGAGAGGAUUCAUUCGGCCUUGGAAGUCAAUUUUCAGGAUAUCUCCGGUUCCUUUCUCACUUACUGGCACAUUUCAGUCAUGUGAAGUGUGAUAGCUAAAGAUGUUUCAGAUGGAGUAGAAGGGCUAGAGAAGCCUUCUCUUUGGCUAAGUUUGUGUUUAGGGUGGGGAUCGGUUAGAGUUACAAAGUUUGGUACUUGGUAUUUAGGUUGGGGAUUGGUUAGAGUUACAAAGUUUAGUACUUACAUAUUUGAAAAGGAUUAAAACACUGUUUCCCACUCAUGAAAUGAGCCACUUAGUUCCUGUUUAGUGUUUUCUUGUUAGUUUAGAAAGCUGUGGACAUGUUUUUAAUGAAUUCUGACCAUUUUAAAUCACUUUGACCCGUGGAAUGCCCCCAAAGCACCCUCAGGGCUUGCUUUCCUCAUUCUCUUCUUGGGAAUUCAGUAUUAUUUAUAGUCACAACAUGAUUUCAGAACUAAAUAGCAUCCCACACCAGGAAGAAUGUGAG